AUGCCGCCAUCUCCAAAAGGACUUCCGUUGAUCGGAAAUAUCCACCAGCUUGGCACUUCCCCUCACCGUUCGUUGCAGUCUUUAUCGAGAAAAUAUGGUCGCGAGCUGUUGCUACUACAUCUCGGGCGAGUGCCCGUGCUUCUUGCCUCGUCAGCAAAUGCCGCGCGAGAGAUAAUGAAAAACCAAGAUGCUAUUUUUUCGAACCGGCCGAAGCUAAGCAUCCCAAACAGGCUGUUAUACGGUUCGAGGGACAUGGCUUUUACUCCUUACGGAGAAUACUGGCGACAGGUAAGAAGCAUAUGCGUGACGAAUCUCUUGAGCAGCAAAAGGGUUCAAUGUUUUCGCCAUGUGCGCGAAGAAGAAACCUCGGCAAUGGUCGACAAAAUCAGACAGUUGGCAUCUUCUUCAUCAUCGUCGGUUAUCAACUUGAGCGAAGUUUUCGCCUCGCUAUCAAGUGAUAUCCUCUGUAGGGUGGUAUUAGGUCGAAAAUACAGCAACGAAAAAAACCGUGAAUACGAAAAGUUCAAGCUUUUGGGAGAGUUUGCCAAGCUAUUAGGCGCCACGAGCUGGGGGGAUUACAUACCGUGGUUGAGUUGGAUUAACCGAGUAAACGGUUUGAACAAAAAAGUGGAAAGAGUUGCUAAACAGUACGACUCGUUUUUGGAAAAUGUGAUUCAAGAACAUAAGGAACGUGGAAAAAAACACGAUGAUGAUGAUGAUGAUGAUGAUGGAGAGUUGGAUUUCGUGGAUAUAUUGCUAGAGCUUCAGAGGAAGAACGAAGGCGGCUUUCGCGUUGAAGAUGAAACAAUCAAGGCUCUUAUUCUGGACAUGUUUGGUGCGGGAACAGACACCACGGAACUGACUUUAGUGUGGGUGUUAACCGAGCUCAUCAAGAAUCCAAGAACCAUGAAAAUCCUACAAAAUGAAGUGAAACACAUAGCCGAAAACAAGAAAGGGAUAAUAGAUGAAAGCGAUUUAGACAAAAUGCCGUACUUAAAGGCAUCGAUUAAGGAGUCCUUAAGGCUACACACACCCGUCCCAUUGCUCAUCCCUCGUGAAUGCACUCACGACACGGAAGUCUUGGGCUAUAAUGUAUAUGCCGGGACACAAGUCUUGAUCAACGUGUGGGCCAUUGCUAGGGACUCGGAAUCGUGGGAAAAUCCCGAAGAGUUUCGACCCGAGAGGUUCUUGGACUCGGGAGUUGACUUUAAGGGAAAGGAUUUUGAGUACAUCCCGUUUGGGGCAGGCCGAAGGGGAUGCCCAGGGACUGCAUUCGCGGUGGCUGUCGUCGAGCUCGGGCUGGCCAAGUUGGUGCACCAUUUCAAAUUUGCAUUGCCUGAUGGAGAAAAGGAAGAGGAUUUGGAUAUGGGUGAGACUGAAGGAUUAACUCUUCACAAAAGGCUUCCUUUGCUUGUGGUUGCCACUCCUUUUGAUCGUUAG